AGCAUUCGCACAGCACGGAGCGGAGACGCUUAGGCUACUUCUCCUGCGCCACCGCAACCCUCGACGACUGCUGGCGCUGCGACCGCAAAUGGCAGCUCCGCCGCAAACGCCUCGCCGACUGCUCGAUCGGAUUCGGCCGCAACGCGAUCGGCGGCCGCGACGGCCGCUACUACGUCGUGACCGACCCCAACGACGACGAUCCCGUCAACCCCGUCCCGGGAACGCUCCGCCACGCCGUGAUCCAGAACGAGCCGCUCUGGAUCGUCUUCAAGCGCGACAUGGUCAUAACCCUAAAGCAGGAGCUGAUCAUGAACAGCUUCAAGACCAUCGACGGCCGCGGCGUCAACGUCCACAUCGCCAACGGCGCGUGCCUCACGAUCCAGUACGUGACUAACAUUAUUGUUCAUGGGAUUCAUAUUCAUGAUUGUAAGCCCACGGGUAACGCGAUGGUGAGAAGCUCACCGUCGCAUUACGGGUGGAGAUCGAUGGCUGAUGGUGACGCGAUCUCGAUCUUUGGGUCGAGUCAUAUCUGGAUUGAUCAUAACUCGCUCUCGAAUUGCGCUGAUGGGCUUGUGGAUGCCGUUAUGAGCUCCACUGCGAUUACAGUCUCUAACAACUUCUUCACUCACCACAAUGAGGUUAUGUUGUUGGGGCAUAGUGAUUCAUACACAAGGGACAAAGUGAUGCAAGUUACAAUUGCUUACAACCAUUUUGGUGAGGGUCUUAUCCAGAGAAUGCCAAGGUGUAGGCAUGGAUACUUCCAUGUAGUGAACAACGACUACACACACUGGGAAAUGUAUGCUAUUGGUGGUAGUGCUGGUCCGACUAUCAACAGUCAGGGGAAUCGAUUUCUUGCCCCAGUAAACCCAUUUGCUAAGGAGGUGACUAAGAGGGAGUACACGGGACAAUCAAAAUGGAAGCACUGGAAUUGGAGAUCAGAAGGAGAUCUUUUCUUAAACGGAGCAUUUUUCACACGGUCUGGGGCUGGAGCUGGAGCCGGCUACGCCAGAGCUUCGAGUUUGUCGGCCAAAUCAUCCUCACUCGUAGGCACCAUGACCUCUUACUCUGGUGCUCUUAACUGCAGAGCCGGUCGCAGGUGUUAAUAGAUCAAAUAAUCAGUAAACCAUUUUCUUGGCGAUAAGUUUUACCGAAUCUCUCAGCCUCUCGUUUUCUUCUUUAUUUUAACUUUUGGGUUCAUGCGAUAUAACACUCUUCCCUAUUGGAUGCGGAGGCCUAGUUUAAACGCCCUCAAGUGUAAUAUAAAGUUGUAUGAAUAUUCUUCUUGUCACCUCCGUUGAUAUAAAGUUGUUUCUUUAGUCGUUUA